CAACGGCAACGCGUCACACACAGGACUCCACCACACACACACACGCCGGUGAAUCGGUUUCCGGUUCGGGUCUUUCUCCUGCAGAGAAGGGCUUCAUGGCGGUAAAGAGGAUAUUUAAAGACUGAAAUGCCAAAUCCCGAGCACUGUCUUUCGGUGUCCGGUACUCUCGCUUUAACUGGAAAAAUCGGUGCAAGUGGAGUCAGCGGCGCAUGGAGUGGAUCGUAUUGAGAGCUACUGCAGCCAGUCAAGUCUUCUUAGUGGAGUCAAAAUGGCGUCUGCGUGCCCACUCAGCUCUCGUCUAAUCCGUUUGUGAUUAUUAGCGUGACAGCUCCAUACAUCCACCCUUGAUUCGUUUCUACCGUUUCGGUUUCAAGCACUAAGUGCUUUUAAAAAAUAUUUUGUAGCGCCAUGUCGGACUCCGAGGAGGAGAGCCAGGACAAGCAGCUAAAAAUCGUAGUUGUGGGAGACGGAGCGAGUGGGAAGACAUCACUCGCCACCAGAUUUGCACAAGAGGCCUUUGGGAAGCAGUACAAACAAACCAUUGGUCUGGAUUUCUUUCUGAAGAGAAUUAGCCUUCCAGGCAAUUUGAACGUCACCCUGCAGGUGUGGGACAUAGGAGGCCAAACAUUAGGAGGGAAAAUGCUGGAUAAAUACGUAUAUGGAGCUCAUGGGGUUCUACUGGUAUACGAUAUCACCAACUACCAGAGCUUUGAGAAUCUAGAGGAUUGGUUUAGCAUGGUCAAGAAGGCCAAUGAGGAAUCUGAUAUUCAGCCAGUUAUCUCCUUGGUAGGCAACAAAAUCGACCUGGAGCACAUGAGGACAGUGAAGUCUGAUAAACACCAGCGCUUCUGCCAAGAGAACGGCCUCAUCAGUCAGUUCGUAUCGGCCAAGACAGGGGACUCGGUGUACCUUUGUUUUCAGAGAUUGGCUGCUGAGAUUCUGGGUGUAAAACUAAACAAAGCAGAGCUAGAGCAGUCACAGAGGAUUGUGAAGGCUGAGCUGGUGGACUACCCACAGGAUGAAGGUCCAAUUAGUCAAGAGAACGCCCAGCAAAGCAAAAUAUGUUUGAUUCAGUAGCCGGAACGCGUGGUGAAGGCGGACAUUGUGAACUACAGUCAGGACACUGUAGCCAGGACAGUCAACCCCCCUCGCAGCUCCAUGUGUGUGGUGCAGUGAUCCCCUCCGAAACACACAGACACACACAUAAACACACACAAAGCUUGUUUACAGUGUUACUCUUUCCAGAUUUUUUUGAUGACUGGAUGAAAAGUGUUUCUCUUUGUGGGUGAGGAGAACAGACCGUGCGGUUUCGAUGCCUUGGUCUGUAGUUCAGAUAUUUAGCACGAAUAAUUUCAUUGGUGGUUCACCAAAAAGGAUACGGGACCUCACUUUUCUUUUUUUCAAGUUUACACGCAGCUAUUCUUUCAUUUCAUCUUAGAUUUAUAUUUAAAAAUGACUCUUACAUCGAUUACUAGCUCUAUGUUAGUACAAAGCUGGUUUUUCAGUCUGCUAGUUGAGAAUAUUUUUAUACAUGAGCAUAUUUUCUUCUACCAUUGCUGUUAGAGACGUUUGUUUAAACAGUAACCCCUGUUUAAUCUGUGGCUGUAACUACGACUGCAGGGUGGAUGUUCACGGGACAUAAACGGGAAGAUGAAAGCAAAUGUGAUUUUCUGAUUUUUUUUUAUGCCUGUGGUGCUCAUCAGUUGAAGAGAGGGGAAGUAGGUGUAGAAAAUGUUUUAGCGAGUGGAGUGAAAUGAAUCUCUGCUUUCUUUUUGCCAAGUAAGGGCCUCCACUAGCAGUAAUGUGAUGUGAACUACCGUAUGUUGUGUUAUUUUUGCAUAGACAUAUUUAAAUUUUAGUCGUAAAUUAGGAUUUACAUUUUCCACAAAACAAACAUACAAAUGAUUUCCAUCUGUUUAAACAGCGUCUCUUCUUCAGGUGUUCCUUGUAGAUUAUAUUAUCCAUUUCGAAAAUGUAGUUUUAUAUUUAUGAUUAGAGUUCAUGUAAUUUUGUUAGAUGCUCCUUUGGUAAAGUGUUAAUGACAUUAGAUGAAUAUGACUGAAGAGGUUCUGAGCAUCAGCUACGUUUGAUUAGAUUAGAUUAGAUUAGAUAGAACAGCGGUUUGAAUUGGAGAAUGAGUUUGAUGCACAACAACCUGUUCUUUAGUUUGUGUGUCUGAGAUACUACCAGAUUUGUUUAGGUGGUCACAACUAAACAGCCAUCAUAUGUGUAAAAUGUGUAUUUGUAUAUGAAAAGCUAUCCCCGCUCCAUUUCAAAGCAGCUUUCAAUGAUUAGAAAUCAUCACAAGGCAUCACUGUAAAUUCUGAUCAUGCUAAGAAGAUGUACUCUUUAGAAAUGAAAAAAAUGUACAGUGAAAAGUGAAUGUUUAGAUAUACAGUGACACAUAUUUGUGUUUUUAAAUAAAUGCUACAUGGAAAAAGAA